AUGUCUGUCCUUCCAGCAGAUGCGCAUGCAGAGCUUGCACAGUUGCUGUCUGCUCUACAGUCUACCGACAAUAAUGUCCGUACGCAGGCUGAAGAGCACUUGAACAACAACUGGGUAGCCACCAAGCCUGAAAUGUUAUUGAUGGGCUUGGUUGAACAAAUAUAUGGUUCCAACGACUCAACUACUCGAUCCUUUGCAGCAGUUAUCUUCCGUCGUAUCGCAUCCAAGUCUCGCAAGACUGAUGAGAACAACUCGAUCGAAUUAUUUCUCGCCAUUCCAAAACAAGAAGCAUAUAUUAUCCGACAAAAGCUCAUAGAGGCAUUAGGCCUGGAGAAGUCGAAUCCAGUCAGAAAUAAGAUUGGAGAUGCGGUCGCUGAAAUAGCUAGAGAAUAUUCUGAUAAUGGUGAACAGUGGCCAGAAAUCUUGGGUGUUCUCUCUACCCUGAGUUCUUCACAAAUAGCUGGACAGAGAGAAAUAGCGUUCAGAAUAUUCUCUACGACUCCUGGCAUAAUCGAAAAGCAACAUGAAGAUACAGUAUUAACAGCUUUCAAGAAUGGUUUCCAGGAUACCGAAACUGCAGUCCGCUUGGCAGCUAUGGAAGCAUUUACAUCAUUUUUCUCCAGUCUCGGCAAGAAGUCACAGUUAAAAUAUUAUGGCCUUAUUCCAGAAGUCCUUUCGAUCCUACCACCCUUGAAGGAAAGUCUGGACUCGGAUAGUCUCAGCACAGCACUUAUCUCACUCAUGACCCUCGCAGAGGUUGCUCCCAAGAUGUUUAAACCUUUAUUUCACAACCUAGUCACAUUCUGUAUUCAAACAAUCCAGGAGAAGGAAUUGAGCGACGUGGUUCGCCAAAAUGCCCUCGAGCUCAUGGCAACAUUUGCCGAUUAUGCUCCAGCUAUGGUCAAGAAAGAUUCGAGCUUUGUGACGGAUAUGAUUACUCAAUGUCUGAGUCUCAUGACUGACAUUGGCGAGGAUGACGACGAUGCAGCCGAAUGGAAUGCUUCAGAUGAUAUGGAUCCAGAGGAGAGCGACCUGAAUCACGUUGCUGGUGAGCAAUGUAUGGAUCGAUUGGCAAACAAGCUCGGAGGAUCAAUUAUUUUGGCACCUACCUUCAACUGGCUUCCCAGAAUGAUGCUUUCCGAAGCAUGGAGAGAUAGGCAUGCUGCAUUGAUGGCCAUCUCAGCGAUUUCAGAAGGCUGCAGGGAUUUGAUGGUUGGAGAGCUGAAAACAGUUCUAGAGCUUGUUGUCCCUGCUUUGAGUGAUCAGCAUCCGCGUGUGCGUUGGGCCGGUUGCAAUGCUCUUGGACAGAUGAGUACCGAUUUUGCAGGAACUAUGCAGGAGCAAUAUCACGAAAUUGUAGUAGGCAGCAUUAUCCCGGUCCUCAAGAGCCCAGAGCCACGUGUCCAAGCUCAUGCAGCAGCAGCUCUCGUCAAUUUCUGUGAAGAGGCUGAAAAGGGGACCCUUGAGCCAUACCUCGAUGACUUGUUGAGUAACUUGUUCCAACUCCUUCAAAGCCCAAAGAGAUAUGUUCAAGAACAAGCUCUCUCUACCAUCGCAACUAUUGCAGACUCCGCAGAAAAAGCCUUUGCCAAAUACUACGAUACCUUGAUGCCUAUUCUCUUCAACGUUUUGAAGGCAGAAUCAACAAAGGAGCUCCGUCUGCUACGCGCAAAAGCAAUGGAAUGCGCUACACUAAUUGCUUUGGCAGUCGGAAAAGAGCGAUUAGGCAACGACGCAAUCGACUUGGUCAAAUUGUUGGCCAAUGUUCAGCAAGGCAUUGUGGAUCCGGAUGAUCCACAAGCUCAAUACCUCAUGCACUGCUGGGGACGUAUGUGUAGGGUUAUGGGAACCGACUUCCUCGCAUAUCUUGAAUAUGUCAUGCCUCCUCUCUUGGAGUUGGCAAGUGCUAAAGCAGAUAUUCAACUUCUUGAUGAUGAGGAUGAAGUUGAGGCCGUACAGGCACAAGAGGGCUGGGAGCUUGUUCCACUCAAGGGCAAAGUCAUCGGCAUCAAAACUAGCACUCUUGAUGACAAGCACAUGGCCAUCGAGCUCUUGGUGGUCUACGCUCAAGUCUUGGAGGCCCAUUUUGCUCCCUACGUGCAGGGUGUUAUGGUGAACAUUGCCUUGCCAGGUCUGGCAUUCUUCUUCCAUGAUCCUGUUCGAGUGGUCUCGGCGAAGUGUGUGCCGCAAUUACUCAAUUCCUACAAGAAAGCAUACGGUCCUGAGUCUUCUCAGCUACGAGACCUUUGGGGAGCAACAAUCCCCAAGGUUCUCGAGGUUCUGAGUGCCGAACCAGCUAUUGAUACACUUGCUGAGAUGUAUCAAUGCUUUUACGAGUCGGUGGAAGUUAUGGGCAAGAAUUGUCUUCCUAGGCAACAAAUGGAUCUAUUUAUGGAUUCUGCUAUUUCUGCCCUAGAAGACUACAAAGAACGCGUUAAGGCUAGGGCAGAAGAACGAGCUGAUGCCAAUCUAGAAGAAGGUGAUGAAGACUCCGAUGAAACAACUUACGCUAUUGAAGACGAUCAAACUCUGCUUUCCGACAUGAACAAGGCAUUCCACUGUAUCUUCAAGAACCAUGGUCCCGCUUUCUUAGAAUCGUGGCAGAAACUCCUCACAACAUAUUCCGCUUUUCUUUCAAGCGAGGAUCCCACACAAAGACAAUGGGGAUUGUGUAUCAUUGAUGAUGUCCUCGAGUUCUGCGGUGCAGAGAGCGCUAGAUAUAUGGAACCCCUUAUCAAGGGUCCCUUGAUUGUUGGAUGCCAAGACCCUGCUCCCGCCAAUCGUCAAGCCGCUACAUAUGGUAUUGGUGUCGCAGCCCACAGAGGAGGUGCACCCUGGACCGAGUUUGUAGGCAACACAAUCCAGCUCUUGUUUGAUGCUACGCAAAUCCCCGACGCUAGAGGCGAUGAACAUGUUUACGCGACAGAAAAUGCAUGUGCUGCCAUUGCCAAGAUAUUACAUUACAAUGCAUCUGGUGUUGCGAAUCAACAAGCAGUCGUCACAGCAUGGAUCGAUACUUUACCUAUUGUCAACGAUGAAGAGGCUGCUCCAUAUGCAUACCUUUUCCUUGUUCAGCUCAUUGAACAACAAAAUCCUGCCGUUACUUCUCAACCAGCCAAGGUCUUUGUUUUCGUUGCUCAAGCUCUUGCAGGUCAAACACUACAAGGCCAGACUGCAAACAGAGUUGUGGAAGCUACCAAAGCCCUCCUUGCUGCCGCAAGUUUAAAUCCCGCUCAACUUUUGGCGCAACUUUCCUCCGAGACACAAGUAAAGGUUCAUCCAUGGUUUGCUUGA